CCGGAACUCUUGUUCUUCCUGCGCUUCCGCUCUCUAGCCGGGGCUGGGAGCUGCGUGGUGUGAGACUUUGCAAUGCCGACUGGUGACUUUGACUCGAAGCCCAGCUGGGCUGACCAGGUGGAAGAGGAGGGCGAGGACGAUAAAUGUGUCACUAGUGAGCUCCUGAAAGGCAUCCCUCUGCCCACUGGGGACACCAGUCCAGAGCCUGAGCUGCUGCCAGGAGCUCCUCUGCCACCACCCAAGGAGGUCAUCAAUGGGAACACAAAGACGGUGACUGAGUACCGGAUAGAUGAGGAUGGCAAGAAGUUCAAGAUUGUCCGAACCUUCAGGAUUGAGACCCGGAAGGCUUCGAAGGCUGUGGCAAGGAGGAAGAACUGGAAGAAGUUUGGGAACUCAGAGUUUGACCCCCCGGGGCCCAACGUGGCCACCACCACAGUCAGUGAUGACGUCUCUAUGACAUUUAUCACCAGCAAAGAGGACCUGAACUGCCAGGAGGAGGAGGAUCCAAUGAACAAGCUCAAGGGUCAGAAGAUUGUGUCUUGUCGCAUCUGUAAGGGCGACCACUGGACCACCCGCUGCCCCUACAAGGACACGCUGGGGCCCAUGCAGAAGGAGCUCGCAGAGCAGCUUGGCCUGUCCACCGGGGAGAAAGAGAAACUGCCAGGAGAGCUGGAGCCUGUGCAGGCCGCCCAGAACAAGACGGGGAAGUAUGUGCCCCCAAGCUUGCGUGAUGGGGCUAGCCGCCGUGGAGAGUCAAUGCAGCCGAACCGUAGAGCGGACGACAAUGCCACCAUCCGCGUCACCAACCUGUCUGAGGACACACGUGAGACUGACCUGCAGGAGCUCUUCCGGCCCUUUGGCUCUAUCUCUCGUAUCUACCUGGCCAAGGACAAGACCACUGGCCAGUCCAAGGGUUUUGCCUUCAUUAGCUUCCACCGCCGUGAGGAUGCUGCGCGUGCCAUUGCUGGGGUAUCUGGCUUCGGCUAUGACCACCUCAUCCUCAAUGUGGAGUGGGCCAAGCCAUCAACCAACUAAGUCACCUGCCACUGAUGGCUGUCAUCCUGGGACAGAAAGCUUCCAAGGACAGUAAAUAGACUCAAAGCA